CACAGCAACAUGUCUCCAAGGAGGAGGAGGUUCCCGCUGAGCAGCAGCUCUGUUUUCAGGAGAGGAACUCCAGUCUGGACCAAGAGGAGCCAGAGCCUCCACAGAUCAAAGAGGAACAGGAGGAUCUCUGUACUUAGGUAUUUACUCAACUACAGGAGCUGCUGCCUCCCAUGUCUUCUCGCUGAACUCCUGGAGCAGCCUGGACAUCCCUUCCCAGAGUACCCCAAGCAUCCCAGAAAUGUCUGUAACCGCUCUCCCCAACAGACCAUGGUAUACCAACUUCAGAGUCGACUGGGAUAGGAUGCCAACAGGGAUCAGAACAGCAGCACUCAGUCUCACAAGACCAACGCCGACUGACAGAAGAGAGAUGGUGAAGGCUGUGGUGGAUCAGAUGCGCGAGCAUGAUCUUAAUCCAUCAAGAGCCGUUUGCCACAACAUUGUUCGAGAUAUCAUUAGAGAGCAUCCAAGAAGUUUUGCUGAUGUUGAUCGAAAUGGAGAGUUCGUGGGAGAUGGCUGUAGCUCACUCCUCUUGCAAAUAAAAACAAGAGUGGAGUAUAAGAACCGCAACAACCCACUUUCACGGCGCAGACGAAAGAGAAGGUCCAACUCUGAGGGAAGAACCCUGUCAAGAGGCCCAGUUGACCAGUACGGCUGUGUCAGGUGGGAACCUUCAGACCUCCCGUCAGGGGAAACGGAGGUGACACUUGAGGAUGUAAGGAGGCAAAUGGUAACCAUGCAUUCAGAGGAGGGGAUGGCCGGGGCAGAACGAGCAGUGAAGUUGCUUGAAAGAACAUACACAAUACAACGGCGAUACCUUAACAUGACGCCGCCACCAGCCAUAUCGGAUGUAAAAAAACAAUGGCCUUUUCUGUUUGCUCAGAGAGGCAUGUUCUCCCACUUCCUUCACCUAACAGACAUCUCCAUUGUUGCCAAACUAACAGAGGCUAUGGAGCGAAAAGGAAACACAAUCCUAAAGCUCUGCCAUAAACUCAACAAGAACGCAGGUGUUGAAGAGGUCCUCGCCAACUAUGAACCUAACACGGCCGACGACAAGGCUGUGUGCGUAAUACUUCUCCUGCUGGCUUACUUUAAAGAACCAAGGGAUGCGAUUAUCCUUCAGGCCGACCCGUUUUCCACAGCUGCCGAUGUCCAGAGGACCCUCACCUUACCCAGCACCCCUCGCUUGAUCCUAUCAGGGGACGUAAGGAAGCCGAGAGCCUGGAUGCUUUCAAUAGAAGGACAAGUGGUAAUGGGACCCCAUGCUAAGUUUAUAAACGGGAUUGCUGCUGUCUUCGCAAGUUACUACAACUUCAACUUACAGUAUCCUGAGGAGGCUGCAUGCACCCUAGAGUUUAUCCAAAGAUGUUUUUUGGGCAUAAACCCGGCGAGUGGCUCCAAGGCGGAGAAGGCCCGUGGAGGUAUCAAUCCACACGUGUGCACCCUCUUGAGGAAAUUAAUGGACCUUGAGUGGAUGUCCACGUAGACUUUUUUAAAACCUUUGACACAAAGGCCUCUUCUUAGGUGGUUGUGGGGCAUGGGUUGUAACGGCAUGGGAAUACUAAAACUCUACCUUGUUUGGAAAGGUAAGACUCUUGUGGUUUCAACGAUCCCAAAAACAUUUGGAUAUGGUGAGAUGCAAAAGUACUCGGACAGUUAUGUGAAAUUGGUAGUGUUCUUUCUAGAGCUG